AUGGGGCGGGGAGGGUCAGAGAAUGCGGCUGCGCUCUCGAUCUCCUUGGAGGUGCAGGGGCUUGGAAAAGAAUGGGGCCCAGAAUGGACUCGGUCCUCUCUGCUGCAAUCUGGCUCUGCUCCCCAGCCUGCCCCUCACUCCCAGGGGAAGGGGCCAAGGGACGCUCGGCUGGCUGGUUGAUGCAGGAAAGGGGCGGGCGUGGGAAAGGACGGAGAAGCCGUCAUCAUGUCAACUCCCCACGGUGCACGUUCACCCUGCUCUGAAAACCAGCGCGUCUAUCCAUUCUCUCCCCAUUUGUCUCUAUCAUCCAGCUACCACCCCACCCCUUCUCUAUUCAUUUUUACCGCUAACCUCUCUUGCCCCACCCCGCCUCGGGUCCCCGCCCGGCCUGCACAGACUGGAGGGGAGGGGACCUGGGACAACCGGCGCCAGCGCUGCGCAGCCGCGCCCCUUCACGCAUGGGCGUGGCGCGGCUCAGACCCAGCCCCCAGCUUGACGUCUCGCCUGUGUCACCCACCCAGGCCCCGGCUCAAUGGCUUUUCAUGCAUCCUAAGCUUUCAGUCCCAAGGGGGUCCUGAAGCCAAGGCCCAAGGUCCUCGCUUCCAUGCAACUGCCCCCCACCCUGCCCAUUCUAGACAGAGCUGCGCCCCUGGCUGGCACAAGCAGGAACAGAAGAACCACAGGUUAGACAACAAUUUAUUGAGAGCCUCCCCUCUCCACCUUCACAGUCUCUAA